AUGUCAACAUCAGAGCCUCUCGAUCAAAAGGAGACUUUUGAGAGUUUGCUCAAGUUGGCUACAGAUAACAAACUAACAUCCUCAGAUGUAUGGAAUGUGGCAUUGAUUGAUUAUUUUGCAGAUUUCAAUGUUUUGAGAGAUGGUGAUUCAAUCAAUUUCCAGAGAGCAAGUGCAACAUUAGAUGGUUGCAUGCGUAUCUAUUCAAACCGUGUGGAAUCUGCGGUGCAUGAUACAGGUGUUCUACUGUAUACCCUUAAUCACAAUCAGCAAGAAGAAUCAUUGGAUGAAGUUGAAAAACCGCAUAAAGCUAAGAAACGAAUAAAAAAGGAUCUAGCCAACUCUUUCGAUUCAUUAAAGUUACGUGAUGGUAAAGGGCAUAUCAUUGAUCCCAUGUUUAAAAACUUGAUAGUAGAGUUUGAUGAAGGUGGCGCUAAAGGGAUGUUGAAUAACUUAUUACAUAUCGAUAAAUUUGGUAGGAUAGUCACUGAUCAAAAUGAUGUUAUUACUCAUGGUAUAGACGGUAAUAAUUUCGGUGAAAAGAAUCAUGACAAAGAUGGUAGUGCUAAUAAUAGUGAUAAUAUAGACUGGGAAAGGUUGCACUCCUUGGUUGAUUGGAAUUCAUUGCAUGAUUCCACUGUUUGUCCAAGUUGGGGCUUAGUACAAAAUGAACAGAUUGAUGAUGUAAAUUCCAAACUUGAGGAGCUUGAUGUAUCGUUUUUGGAAGAGGAGCAACGACGAAGUUAUCAAAUAGAGACCAUUUCGACGGACUAUGUUGUGAUGGAUGUCUCAUUACCAUUACUUGAACCAGAAUCAAAAGAGGAUAAUGACAUAGAUGAAAUCAGUGAUGCAGAUGAUGAUAAUAAUGAUGCUGAUGCUAAUACCUCUCGACGAACUAAUUAUUCACUUUUGAUGGAUGUGUUUGAUUCUGAUGAUGUUGAUGAUAGCGGAGUUAAUCAAAUGCUCAACAGAAUGUUUGAUCCCAAAAAUAUCGUUAAUGAGGUGCAAGAUUUGAAGCCGGAUUUGAAAUUAAUUGAGCUUUAUGAUAAUAUUGGGUCACGAUCGGAAUUAUAUUGGAAAAUUGCACGCGUAAGGCGUCAAUUAGACUAUAAUCAUUUGUUGAAGAAGAAGCACAAGACAAAGACUAAGAAAACGGAUAAAGAAAAAUGUAUUAUCGAUUUCAAUGGUGAUUUUGACCACUUUGAAAACACAGAUUAUCUAUCACAUAUUCUUCUUCCUGAAAGGGAUCGAAAUAAUUAUCAUAAGCAUCUUUUACCCCACGAUUCUUCAUUUUCAGCUAAAAAAUUGGCUUAUCUAACUCUCAAACCAAAACAAUUGGCAGACACUAUACUAUUAAAGAGAAGAAAAGAUCAGCAUUUCAAAAAUAUAGAUUUGAUUGGCAAAGAUAUAUUAGGAGAUCGAGACGCUGAUAACUUACCAGCCAAUGAAGAGUUUUUUGCUGAUAAUUAUCAAAAAAGGAUAUUAAAUGAUUCUAUACUAAGUGAACCAUUUUUGGAGGAUGAAUACAAUAGUGAUGUCAAUGACCAUCCAGUCUUUGAAGACCCUGUUGGCUUUGAGUUUGAUGAACCUGUCCAACCACGCAAUAACAAAUAUGAUUCAAUUCCUUAUGACAAACGUGUCAAAAAAGUUGAUGUUAGACUACUCAAACAUAAUUUGUGGGAUUCAAUUGAGAGCAGUAGAAAGAGAAAAUCAAAUGAUGAAAAGACUGCAGUGACCUUGAAAUUUACGGAAAUUGUUGAAAAAGUCUCAUCAAAGUAUGAUACCCGAGUAAAACAGGAUUUAAGUACAAGUUUUUGCUUUAUUUGUUUACUCCAUUUAGCUAAUGAACAAGGAUUGACAUUAGAAAACAAAGACAACUUUAAAGAUUUACUAGUACAUAGAGCGUAA